ACACAACAACGUUAUCCUCCAAGAGAUUUUUGAUGGGGUGCACGUGAUGUCAUGUUACGUUACAGCGAUUUUUGAUUGGAAAAGUUGGUUUUUCUAUAAUAGUGAGAUUUCUAUUCUUUUUACUUCUACUGCUGCUAUCUAUAUAUAUUACUCAGUCAUUAUAUCAGUUAACUACAUCCAAGACCUUUGCGACGGAUUAAUUAUUUCGCUUCCGUCUCCGCCUUGUUAACCUGACCACCAAUCGUUAGAACAACAUCGCUCAGGGCCUUCCAUCGAGGCAACAUCCAAUCUAUUAACAUUAACGGAUAACCACUCAUCAAGCUUGGUCGACACGUUUGUCGCGUGAAGGAACAUCAAUGGAAUGCCUAAAUUAUCCUUCAGCCUGGGCGAUCACAUCUCACGGGGAUGUGUACUUACGCUAACAGCUGUUUCCUCGCCAAGGGCUCUUCUUAUUAUAUGAGGAAAUAUUUUGCUUCAUUUUCCCCCUGUCGUCUUCUUCUCGCCUGAUCCUUGGACCUCUGUGAAAUGGGGGUUUUUACUAUUUGGCAUUUCUACUAUUGCAAGCUGUACCAGCCGGUAUUUCAUGAUAGUCUGAGGCUAGAUCAAAAUGAUCUACCCUAUUAUUUCUUAUAUCUAUGGCUGCCUGCCUCGACACCGAGUUUCCUGACUGUAUAAAUAGUCGCAAUUACGCAAGAGUUCUUCUUGUUCAUGUUGCCUUGGAGCUUCUGUGCAGUUAUGACAGCUGUAGAGUUGAAGCCAGCUGAAAUGUUGUGCUACGGCUUCUUGCGAUGUCUCCUUGGGCGUCAUUUUCAUGGGUAAGCAGAACUACUCUGUAUGUCUAUCAGCCUUGGAUCUGCUUAUAUCAGGUGUGAAUUGGAAUAAACGCAUAUAUUUACCUUCAGAAGCGUACUGGACAUCUUCUCCAUUCCCUACCCUCAAGGAAAGUCGCAAAAAGGACCGUCUAAAUAUACAUUGUUACUCUGCAUAUAUACCCACUGCUAAACAGGAUGCUUAAAAAUACACUUCGACAUAGUAACAAGGAAUGAUACAUAGCUGCGUUGGCCAGGGAGCCGUAGCUGUUUGGCGCACAAAAACAAGCAGUCAAAAAAGGAGGUCACGGGCCACGUGGAGCGGUCUCUGCCUGUGUCCUGCUCCCCGACCUCAACCCGACCUCAAGACUCCUCACUCCCUAUCUCACUUCUUUGCUUUGAUACUUCCAUCUCAGCGCUGCCAUUUCUGCUUCGACAAUCGUCCUAUCUCCGUUUUUGCUGAGACCCGGCCCUGGGCUUCUCACUCUCGUUUAGCAGAUUGCUUUCUUUCCAAGAAAUAACUCCUGUCAUUUCCUGAGUUUCGGGGGUAGUCUCUCGCUUUUCGCAAUCCUUGCCCUGUACUUCUUCACCACACUCUUUUUUACCCAUACACGUCCUUCAUUAUGCGUGUCCAAGCCGUCAUUGGAGCGGGAUUUGCUGCUCUAGCUGCUGGGGCUCGUUUGCCUCGAAGCCGGAGUGAUUCAAAUUUCCAAAUUGUAACUGUCACGACAACUGUUCUCCCCAGGGAUUGCGCCUCUGCCGCGACGAGUACGAAUGACCGGGCUGUGACUAUUACAACCACUGUUCCCCCCAAGGCCUGCGCGUCUCCCGAGACCGAGCCUGUGACCAUCACGCUCACGGAAACGGUGUAUAUCACACUUACUCUCUAUGUUUCGCCUGUCACUUCCACUGUUAGCUCAAAGGGUGAAUCCAGAGCUACUGAAGAAACAUUUGUGACAUACACGACAGCCGCUUCAAGAUUUGAAACAAACCCUGCAGUCACCAAUGAUUCCUCAUCGCAACAUUCAACUCUCACAAUGACAGUCCACCCGCUACCCGUUUCGGAGCCUACGACAACGAUUACUUCAGUUUCGACUGAGGUGAUUACUAUUACCUUCAGUGACACCCUGUCGUCAAGUGGUUUGCCAGAUAAAUCGGUGCCACAGCUGCCUACCACUGAAGCUGACAAUAGCGCUGAAGCAUCCGAUAUAUCGGCGACUCCAUCCACUCCAAUAGCCAUUCCGCCUAUGCCACCUAUCCCAUCAACUAUAUCCACCGUAGGCAGUGCACCUGGCACAGCAGAGCUACCAACCCUAACUCUGCCUAUUACUACGGUCAUUCCGACCACCCUAUCCGCUGUCACUUCUAAACCAUACGGUCCUAGUGGUUGGAAUUCCACAAAUCCAGUAAACGCUACAGCACAAGCCACAGGCAUGCAGUGCAUGUCUGGGGGUCCAAACCCUAGUUGUUCCAAGCCAGUUAUUGUAUCUAUCGCCAAACGACAGGUCGGCGUGAUGGUUACAGCAACUAUUAACGGUCAGAUUGUCUCAUGGGUCAACAAUUGGGAUGGUGGUGCUCUAUCUUCCCCGUCAUCUUCAACCCAGACCGCUAUUAUUGAAAUCACUCGCACGAUAAGUGAACCUUCACCGACUCCAACUAAAUGUGGAGAAUCGGGUGAAUUUACAAUGGAUUUUGAUAACUUGCCUCGAUUUUCACCAAGUAACAACGAUGCUGCCGCGUUUCCACCAAUCUUCAACCCCUAUAACCAUUUAUUCUUCUCUGAUGGAUGGUCUUACGGUCCUCCGCCAACUGAGCCAUACCCUCCCACUUCCAACCCACAUAUCGGAAUCUACAUACCCGAGAAGAGUGAGGAUAAUCGUGGCUCUCCGUAUGCGGGAUUGCUACAUGGAGGCGAAUUCGGUGCAGGGCCUCGUAGUAGCCUGGACACUUUCUGGUUUGAUGCUUACUCCGCCAAUUUUGGGUGCGAUAACGGCUCUGCCAAUACAACUUGUGCAGUGACGGUGUCCGCGGUCAGAUACUCAGCGCAAACAAAGAUAGAGGAGUCGGCUGGGACUCGCAGAUUCGCCAUCCCACCAUGCCCAGGGUACAGAAACUGUAGGCUUUCUUCAUUAGACUUUGGAGACAGUUUCCUGGGAAUUAGCGGACUCAAAUUUUCUGCGUCCGUGCAGGAUAAGCCGGCCAUUUUUUUUGUCGACGAUAUCAAAAUGAAUUGGUAUAACAACACCUGUGCUGCGGGCUUAGAGCGGCUGCGCUCUCGUUGAAAGGGGUUUCCAUGCUGUCGUGACAUGGAGAAAGAACCGGAAUUGAAGCCAAUGUAUCCAUACGGAAUUAUUGUGUUCUAUGAAGCUUGCUUCGAUGUAUUAUAGUACUUAUUUACUGUUUGCUUUUCAAGGCAGGCGGCGAGGCUUUGGUUCGCUCUCCAAAUACUCCGGACGUAAUUCGAUGGUGAAUCGGAACACAGACAUACGUAUGUCAUGACUGGAUUUUCCUAUAAGGCGAUUUGAUGGCUGUGUAUUAUUUAAUGAUGUUGAGAGAUAAUGAAAUAUGUAUUCGCCAGCAGGUUAACUAUAUCUGACUUAUCCAGGUAGGCAACAAACCUUUAAAACACCUAGAUCUUUCAGGGUAUCUGCCAAAUGUAUGAAAUAUGAAACAGACUUACCAUAAUUCUAGUGAGUACAUACAACUUUCACAGGGUAGUAGUUAUACAUUAUCUCAGCAGGCUCAGACUCUCUGUUCUGCUCGGUUGCAGCAUAUUGCGGCAUAAGGAAUUCAGUCACUUAGAAAGCUCUGAGCUUCUGAGUAUACUUGAAUCAAG